AGUUUAUAUUUGACUUUCGUCCGAUUAACUCCAUUUUCUUGAUUAGGAACAAGAAUUUAUUGUUUUGCAUUAAAAAAAAUACAUUUUUCAAUUAUGAAAGGUUCAUUUCUUAAACAUUUCUAAUUCCACAAACAAAAUUUAUUGUCUUCUAAAGCGGACAAUUUAACGAUUUCAAUCGAUUUUAUUUUGUUAAGGAUUCAACUGUAUUUUUAAAGUUGGGCAACAUGAAGUGGCGAAUAUUUUGUCUGCUCGUAAUAGUGAUAAACACUACAGUUUCAAAACGGUACGAUAAGCUACCAUGUGAAUUCCUAGAAUCGGUCAAUAUAACCGGCGGAAAAUUUCAAGCAGACGACAGUAUUAUUUUUGAAAAUAUCGCAUACACAAAAUAUGCGUACCUAACUCACGUACUCGAAAAUGGAACGACUUCCCGCAAAACGAAUUCAUAUUUGCGUGGCUGUAUACCCGAAAACCGGCCAUUCAUACGACUCCUCUGUCCGUUUGGAACGACCGGCGAAGAUUGUCCAAGCUAUCAAAAUGUACGGAAUUUGAAGCAUGCAGUAAAAUUCGAUGGGCAGAACAAACAAAAUUUAACAUUGGACCAUUACUUCGGAUUUCUUUUCGAUCAACCAUGUCCUGAUUUAUUUGACGAGCGUGAUUAUCAAAUAUUGCAUACUGGAGAUGCAUGCGAUGAAGAUGCAUCCGAUGAAGAUGCAUGCAAGAACAUUGAUGACGUGUUAGGCCACACUCAAUAUUCGUUAGAGUUUAGCCGAAAUAGUACAACGAAUGAAAUUGAAUCAAAGUUAUGGGUUUGUUUUCAGAAUUCAUUUACAGAACAAAGGGCAGAAGCUAAGACUUUUCCAGACUCCACGCUAUUCCCAACGACUGCAAAUAUGUUUAUAUCGGCGAUCCUCCUUACGGCAACAUUCACUGUUUACCUCUAUUUGCCCGAUUUGGAUCAUUUCUUUGGGAAAAUGUUGAUGUGUUUCUUGAGCGGACCGGCAAUGAGCUACUUUUUAAUUGUCUUAGUGAAAGUAAGCAAAAUACCUCCAGAGAGUUCCAUUUAUGAUACCAUCGGGUACACUGUCUUUUUCUCAUUUAUGUCAUCGUUUGCUUGGCUCAAUGUAAUUAGCUUCAAUUUGUGGAAAAGUUUUCGAACAAUAAAUGGACUCACCGCAUUUUCUCAACAAAAAUUACUACUUCUCUAUAUGUUUUAUGCAUGGGGAUCGGCACUUUUUCUAACGUUACUCUUUCAUGCAAUCGAACCAAGCAAGGCUACGGAGCAGUUAUGGGUCAGCCUUUCAACUUGUUUUUUAGACGAUAUGAAAAGGAAUUUAUGUGCCGGUUGCCUCAAAUAUUACAUACCAAUUUGGAUAUUAUUCGCUGUAUCACAGUUGUUUUUCACAUUGACUGGAAUCAUUGUUUACAGUUGUUGUAAUGACAACGAAGUUCGGUUCAAAUUUGAUCGCCAAAGAAGUCACAUUAAUGAUGGAGACAAUUUCUCUUUGCAUUUGCGACUGCAUAUGGCAACUUGUUUGACAUGGAUUUUAAAAGCAUUGACCAUGCAAUAUGGGAUGAAUGGAAUCGGCUUCUAUGCAAAUAUUUCAUACACUUUACAAGGUCUUGUGAUAUUUGUGAUAUUUGUUAUGAAUCGUCAUGUGUUGCAUCUCAUCCACAAGAGAUGGAAAAAUCGAAUUCAACGAGAAACAAAGAAAAGGCAAAGAACAAUGUCGAUUCGAUCUCAGACAUCAUAUGAAGUCCUAAAACCUGAAGCAGAAAACCAUCGUGAUGUUGAUAGUAAAAAUUCAAUUGAGCAAGGGGAAACGAUCAAAAGACCAAGAACAGUUUCGUUUCGAUCGCAUAUAUCGCAUGAAAAACUAAAAACUGAAGCGAAAAGUCCUUGGGAACAAAAGCCUUUGGUUUUUGAUGCCAAUAAAGCGGUUGACGAAAUAGAUGCAAUCAAACGACCAAGAACAGUUUCGUUUCGAACUCAGGCAUCGACUAUAAAACCAAACAUUGAAGAGAAAAAUCCAUGGGAAAAAGGGCCUUGGGUCUUUGAUUGCAAUAAAACAGUCGAUCAAGGAAAAACAGUGAAAAGACAAAGAACUGUUUCGUUUCAAUCUCAGGCAUCGCCUAUAAAACCAAACAUUGAAGAAAAAAAUCCAUGGGAAAAAGAACCUUGGGUCUUUGAUUCAGCUGAAUCAACGAGACUAUAAUUUCAUUUGAUAAUCCUCUUAAAAUGUAAAUCUCUUCAAUAAGAUCCAAUUAAUUAGGCGUCAUCAAUUCAAUAACGUAUCUAAACUUGGAAUCUAUUUAUAAAAAGUCGUACACAAAUCAUUUAAUAAAAGUUCCAUAUUUAUUUAUUAUAAA